GUUUGAAUGGUUUGAAUUGUUUACCGUUUGGUGGCAAGCAAAAAGAAAUCGAAUUUCAUAAUAAUGUAUUGUAACUUUUGAACUAGUUGUGUUUGUCUUCUAGACGUCGCUAUGAAUUCCCAAGUAGUUUCCAGAAUCGAUGACGAUAACAUUAAACCGUUUAUGCUUGAGAAUGCCAUUACAAGCAUUCACGGCGGGAACAAACUUGGAAGGAAAGCACGAUCCAAAUUGUUGAAAAAUGUACUCAUCGAAAAUUUCAACGAAUCUAGUAUUACAAAAUCAUCUGUUUGGAUUCGUGCGCAACUGAAGGAAGUUUCUAAUGGUCCUGUAGGAUCGCAAGGAUAUAUAAAUGAGGAGAAAACCCUAACUACACACAAUAUAGAAUUGAACAUCAACAAAACUGCAAUCAAGUCGGUUAAAUGCACUGACUGCGACAAAUGUGAUGUAAAAUGUCCUCAAAUUUUCACUUUUCUUGUAUGGUUGCAAAAUGAACAGAAAAAAGUUAAAAACGAACGAAACCAAGUUCACGCUUUAAAACCUGAAAAAGAAGAAAUUCAAGUCUCACUGGUGGAACUCAAAUCAGCUAAGAGUUUGUCAAUGUUCAGCUUGAUUCGUGAGUUCUCAACCAGUGACCCUGAUGAAUUUCUGCUUUAUUGCACAAAGCGAAUGCAAGAGGAAAAUUGUUCCAAUGCUCUAAUGUUAACCGUUGGACAAACGGGCAUCUAUCUUAGGAAUGAAUUAAGAAAAGGUCGAAUCACCGCAUCCAGUCUUCACGAUGCCUCUCGAUGCAGCCUGAAGAAUGAUUCAAUCACCAAACAAGUAAUGCGUACCAGUUUGGGAUUAUCAUUUACCGUGAGCCGAGGUACCGAUUUGGAAGGUCGUGUGUUCGCCGUUCUGAAGGAACAAUAUCCGUCUCUGCGAGAAACGGGUCUGGUUCUUGAUCCUGAACUCCCUUGGAUGGGGGCUAGUCCAGAUGGAAUCAGUGACGAUUUUGUAUUGGAGAUCAAGUGUCCCAAUACACCGAGGAAGUACAAACGUUACAUCGACGUGAAGAAGCUGCCCAGGAAGUGUUUCGCGCAAAUUCAACUGCAAAUGCACCUGACACACAAUGCGAAAGCACUGCUCGGCGUAGCAGCGGUUGAUUUCGAGACAACUCGGAACGUAGCGCAAGUGUGGAUCGAAUACAAUCGGCAGUAUGUUGAUAAAGUGGUGAAGGAUGCUUGCAAGUAUUGGAAGAAGAGCGUAUUUCCGGCCCUUUUGGGAAAGCGCACCAAUAAAACGAAAACUUGAUUGAACUAUUUUUAAGUUUAUGAAAUUGAACAAAAAAAAACUCGUAUUAGUUGUUAGUAUGUAUUUAGCUUAGUGUGAUUAUUUGAACUGUUGUUAGGAAACAAGUUGUGCUGGCACCGUCUGUAUUCUUAACCA